GUUCCUCAAGAACCGACAUUCUUGACCGAUAUAUCGAACUGUUUGAAAAUUGUUUCUGAAAUCCACGCGGUUUCUUGUUUUCUCUAAAUGUUUGAUGCACUACGGUAAAAUAUAAUUGCUUUAGCAACUAUAGGCUUGCUAACAUCACAUUUUCAUCCAAUUACAUUUUGCGCAUCGCAUGCAAAAUGGCUAGAAUAAUGGAUCCUCUGGGACUUUACCAUCUUAGGAAGUCAGUUAAGGACCAUGUCUUACCUGGUAGAAGAAGUAGAACUAUACAAAAUGAUCCAUCUGCAUUAGAUAAAGCUUCAGUGUCACAUGUACGAGUACCAGAAUCAGGUACUGAAUAUGCUGAAUCGUAUAUUAAAGAAGAAGAACGGAUGCUUCUGCAGACACCAAAUUCCAUGGCAUCUACUAUGGAAGAAGCGACCAAUUUGGAAACUGUAUCCAUUGGAACUAUACCUACAGUAAAUGAAAUUUCAGAUGAACAAUUAAAUAAAAUUUAUAAAACUUACAACUUUGCAUACAGACCUAAGUCUAACUUGACUAUUGUUAGUAUGAAAGAUCAUAUUGUGUCUAUGAUUGAAACAUAUCCAGUAGUCAUAAUUCAAGGACCUACAGGAUGUGGAAAGACCACACAAGUACCACAGUUCAUCUUAGAUUCAUGUUGCAGGAAAAAAGUACACUGCAAUAUAAUCGUUACUCAACCCAGACGUAUUGCUGCUAUGAGCAUUGCUAAAAGGGUGGCUGAGGAGAGACAGUGGCCUCUUGGAAGUUUAGUCGGAUUCAAAGUUGGGAUGGUGAAUAAUACAUCAACCGAUACAAGGUUAACGUAUUGUACAUCUGGAGUACUUCUUCAAAAACUUAUAAAUAACAAGAAUAUGCUGGAUUAUACACACGUAAUCUUGGACGAGGUUCACGAGCGGGAUAAGGACAUGGACUUUCUUCUUCUGGUCAUUCGAAAAUUGUUAAGAACAAAUUCACGCACGGUUAAAGUUAUUCUUAUGUCAGCUACCUUCAAUGUAACCAAAUUUGCUGAAUACUAUUCGUCUCCUAUUGGAAAUAAAUUGGUACCCGCACCAAUAAUCGAUAUAACUAAAAAGAAUUAUUACAAUGUCAAUAUAUAUUACCUAUGCCAGAUGCAACAAUUAGGAGCACUUCCAGCAAUUUCAGAAGAGGAUCCACAAGUAACAUUAGAAAUGAUGAACUUUUGCAUAUCCCUUGUACUUAUCCUUGAUCAACUUGACAAAAAUUCAGAAGAUGCAGAACUGAAAGAAGGUGGAUCAUACAACCGUCACGUAAUUUUAAUAUUCUUGCCGGGAAUUCACGAAAUUGAAGAGAUGCACAAUAUACUCAUGUCCGAAAAACACGAACAGUCAAAGUGGGAUGUAGUUGUUUUACAUUCUUCGAUUACAAACGAGGAGCAGCAACGUAUAUUCGAAAAGCCUCCUACAGGAUAUCGCCGCAUUAUUUUGUCAACUAAUAUUGCUGAGAGUAGUAUUACGGUGCCGGAUGUGAAAUAUGUGAUUGAUUUUUGUCUUACGAAGCAACUCGUAACCGAUCCGUUAACUAACUUCCAGUGUUUAGAACUUGUGUGGGCAAGCAAAGCAAAUUGUGAUCAACGAGCUGGUCGUACUGGACGGGUGAUGGAUGGAAGAGUUUACAGAAUAGUAACGAAAAGUUUUUUCGAAAAUUGUUUACCGGAAGAAGGAGCACCUGAAAUGUUACGAGCCCCACUAGAACAUUUAGUUCUCAAUGCAAAAUGUCUGGAUAUGGGUGAACCCAAAGCCAUACUUGCACUUUCACUGGAUCCACCUGAUUUGAGUAACUUGGAAAGAACAGUGCUGAUAUUAAAAGAGGCUGGUGCCCUUUUACACAACAGUGAUGAUUUGCGACGUUUAGAUGGCGACCUAUCCGAUUUGGGAAGAAUAAUGGCCUGCCUUCCCAUGGACAUUCAUAUUGCAAAAUUAAUAGCACUGGGGCAUGUCUUUAGUGUCUUACACGAUACAAUAAUAAUAGGUGCUAGCAUGGCCGUAAAGAACAUGUUUAGUAGCCCUUUCCAAGGGAAAUUAGAUGCAUACAAUGCUAAAUUAGCCUGGGCACUUAAUACCAACAGCGAUUGCUUGGCUUUCUUAAAUGUCUAUAAUGUGUGGACGAGACGUAAAGCCAUGCGUCACAUCACCAGCAACGCCGCAGAAAAAAGUUGGGCUCAACGUCAAUUCAUUCAGAUAAGAGUAUUACGUGAGGUAGAAGCCUUGGUGCAGGAUAUAACUCUUCGGCUAAAAAGAGUAGGAAUUGUAGAAACUGUUGGUCUAAACAAAGUCAUUUGGAAAGAUAUUGACAGGCAUUUCAUACUAAAAGUCGUCAUUGCGGGAGCAUUUUAUCCGAAUUAUUUUGUUCGACGUAUACCGAUCGAUGGCAGCAACGAAUAUGAAGCAAUAAAAGUAUUAGGUGGACUAGAUCCUACGAAUACUGUUUAUUUGCAAGGUUGGCCGACCACACAGCCAGGAGCUUUGUAUGCUAGAAGGAUACUUGACGCUAUGAAACCAUGCCUAACACAGUCGGAGGAAUCCAUGAAAAUUUCUUUCGACGGUUCUUCUCGUAUCUAUGUCCAAUUCGGCAAGGAUCAGACUCCUGUCGAUCAGGAAGAACAACGAACAGCGACAGUUCCAGGAAAAGUAUGCCUUUCCGUAUACAAGGCUAUUAAGUUGAGACAACUCUUCCCGAACCUCCCGAUACCAGUUUUGAAUGAAAAAUUGUCAAAUGAGAAAGCUGCGGCAUUGAAUUUAAAUGAACGAUCCUACAAUUCAUUCAUACAGAAGAAUAAAGAACAAAAAGACCCGCCAUAUGUUCAUGCAGUGAGACCAAUCCUGCCCGGUUUUGAUAACUCAUACAUCGCAUUAGAAAUCGUAAACAUUGUGGAUCCCGGUCAUUUUUGGGCUCAUGUAAAGGACAAUGAUUUAUUCAAUACCGUGAGAGAAAUAGAAGCCUAUAUUAAUUCUCACAAAGAAGACUUAAAACCAUUUUUAACAAAUCCGGAAAUCGGGUCUCUAGUAAUCGCGCCUUACCGAGAUACCAGUGACAUGAAAAACUACAGGGCUAUUGUUAAAAGUUACUCAAUGAAGGCUCGAGAUCUGAUAGCGGAAAUCUUAUUUGUCGAUUAUGGUGAUACAGUCCAUAUACGCUGGACUGAUUUAAGACAUCUGGAGAACUGGAAUGGUAUCGAUGCUGUUCCUGCUCUAGCAUUUGAAUGUGUUUUGUGCAAUAUCUGUCCGUCGGCUCAGCACAAUUACAGUGACGAAGAAUGGUCUAAAGAAGCGCGUAAUGAAUUUUACCGGCUCAUCACCGGCAAUUACCAACUCUACGGGAAAAUAUAUUCAGUAGUGAAUAGCAUCGUGUCGCUGGAAUUGAUCUGCGUUGAUACCAAAAUGAGCACAACUAGUGUCAAUCAAGUUUUGAUUGAAAAUAACUAUGCAACGCACAAAGAAGAGAAUUAUUUAUCACGUGCAAACCAUGAACUUCGUGAGAAAUAUACGGAGAUGACAACAGAACAGCAGCGUUAUUAUGAAAGAUUACAGUAUAGUCAAAGUUACACACCGAAUUACUAUCCUGAACCGCCAAGCGUCGCAGAUUGUCACAGCACGGUGACUCUAAGGGGUCCAUUUUCUCCUUUGGAAAUGGAACUUAUUCACCUACCAUACAUAGGCAGAAGUAAAAGAGCCAAAAUUGAUUGGAGUUCCGUAAACUCUGUUCUAUUAGAUACAAAUCCUGAAAAUCCACAAGAACGACUCUUAGUAGCAGGAACAGUUAGUCAAUCUGCGAAUGGUGAUCGACUGAUCUUGAGAAACACCACGCUCUUGCCUUCUAUUCCUGGAUUGACUGCGUUGAUCGCAUUACUUUUCGCUCCUCAGAUGGAAUUACGACGUAAUUACUCAGGAACUCAUUACACAGGAGCAUUGUGCGGACUAGGAUAUGAUCACCGUAGAAAAUCCAGUCUCUUCCCUGAACAUGAUAUGCAAAUAAUGUUUGAUGUUGAGAUCUCAUUGGAUGACUUGCAAGACAUUAAUAUAUUACGUCACUGGAUGAACAUAGGAAUACAUGUGAAUAAAGACUUUACUGAUUGCGUGAACAUGGAUGAAAUGGCAGUGUGCCAGAACAAAAUAAAACGAUCCUUCGAAAAAGUAAUAGAAAAAACAAGAAAAUCUCUGAACCCAGACCUUGACUGUAGGAUGGAGUGUCUAUUUGGAAAAUGGAACUUAUAUGACGACAGUGAACUUCUCCAACCAGGCAAUUUGAACAUGACGAGAAACAAUAUUUACAAUCUACAUUGUGCCUUGGAAUUGUUGCAACAAGAUGACAAGAAAGAACAGAUGUUGAUCCACGUAGCAACUCUGCGAAGUCUCGCGUCAAAGGAUGUACAUGAAGUUAAAGAAGAGAUUCUUUGCAAAUUAUGUAGCAAACAAGUGUAUGGCGUUAUGCAGCUUCGUAAUCAUCUGUUCUCUGCUGAACACAGACAACAGGAAGAAAAUAUGGGUAUCUUCAAUUAUUGAAUGAUUUCUUUUCAAUAAUUUACAUUUUUUUAACGAAGUACCAAAGAGGAGUCUGAUCCAUGACAUUUUACAUUAAGAUAGAGUAUUUUUUUUAUUAAUCUGAAUAAUAGAAUAAUGGGAGAAAGAACAUAAUUCCUUUUUUUUUUUACAAAACGUUAAGAUAAGUAACAUAAUUUAUUUGUUAUUUCGUUUACGUUAUAAGGGUAAUGUGUUACAAUAUUGAAAGUAUUAUGUAUUUGUUUUGUUUCAUACUAGUUAACUAAACAUAUGUAACUUGAUUUUUGAAUUCUUGAAUGAUGUAAUAAAAUGUUACAAGCAGA